AUGAGUAGGCUACGGCAAGAAUCUAUACAGCUCGAAGGCGGCGAAGAUGAAGCUGUCCUCGAACGUGUCGUCACUCCUCGAAAUGCCCAACCCGCGAUGCGACCAGUGUCUCGCAAGCGCCAGACGAGUAUCUUGUUCUGUGCCUUUUUUGACGUGUUCAUCACAAUCGGGUUUAAUCAGGCUUAUGGAGUUUUCCUCAACUAUUAUCUUGCGGACGGGAGUAGCGCAAAGGACCCAUUCCUCCCCAAGAGCGAAGUGUCGAACAAAGCUAUGAUGGCAUUCGUUGGUACGCUGGCAGCUGGACUAACCUGGGGCGGUAGCAUCUUCGUGAAUCCGAUUAUGGCAAGGUCAAAAGAUCCUCGAUGGAUUACCGGCACUGGCGCAGUUUUCGUGGGUGCUGGCUAUAUUCUUGCUAGCUUCUGUCAUCGGGUAUGGCAACUCCUGUUGACGCAGGGAUUGAUCUAUGGAAUCGGGACUUCGCUACUGUAUUUCCCGAUCCUCGCAGUGGCGCCAGAAUACUUUGACGCUCACCGUGGUUCUGCCAUGGGAUUCAUUCUGUCGGCAGCAGGAGUGGGAGGUCUUGUCUACGCCCCAGCAGCUCGUGCAAUGCUAGCGAAAUUGGGUGCAGCCUGGACGUUGCGGACAUUCGGUCUGGUCAACUUUGUAUUGUGCAUCCCGAUUGUCCUGGGUACACCGCUAUCGCGGAGCUUGUCUAAACGCCCAACGCUUGUGGAUGUCAGGCUCGCUAAACGUCUCACCUUCAUCCUACAAGCUCUGGCUGCCAUGACUCAAGCCGCGGGCAAUUUUGUACCUCUGACAUUUCUGCCCGAGUUCAGCACGAGGCUAGGCUAUACCGCUGCAUUUGGUGCUGCACUGCUCGCGAUCAACAAUGCAGUAAAUACGGUCAGUCGAAUAGCCAUGGGCUUUAUUGCGGACGUUGCAGGCAGGCAAAACACUCUAGUGCUCAGUGUCCUGGGCAGCGCCAUUACCGUCGUGGCAUUUUGGCUCUCGAGCGCCUACGGAGGUGACAUGAAGCUCUGGAUCGCUUUUGUAAUCAGCUAUGCACUUUUUGCUGGAGGAUACAACUCCCUUUUUCCCACGACUGUGAUCGAGGUGUUUGGCGCUCAGGCUUAUGCUUCUGUCAACGGUUUCAUUUACUUCAUUCGCGGGCUUGGUGCACUCUGGGGCUCUCCAGUAGGAGGUGCAUUGGUUGCAGGAGGAACACUGCCUCGAGCGUACAUCUCUCUGAUAUGGUAUGACUUUGCCUUGUUAAUGUUUUCGAGCAUAUGCGUGACUGCAGUCCGUGGUUUUGAUGCGUUGGAAAAAGGGCAGUUCAAACUGAAAGCUUGA